UUCUUUCUCUUUCAUCCUUUUGGUAUAAUUAGAAAGAGGAGAACAUGUUUUUGGGUCUUCGUUGAGAUAUUUUUGCAUCAAAACCCUCCCAACAACCAUGACCUCGCUUCCGGUGCCUUCUGGCCACUUACAGCUUCUUCGUCGGAAUCUCACUACCCCGGCGGUUUCAAGAGCUCCGUCAAUGGUAUCGGCCGGUUUCAAAAGUCAGCAUUUCUUAAGACUCACUUCUUAUGAUCUAUGUAUCGAUGAAUCUGUGAGGCAGAUGAGAAAUCAUCGGUCGUGGGGCAAUCGCCGGCGAAUAAGCAAAAGCGUCGGCGUGUCUAUGCCGUUGGCUUCGGCUGAGGAUUUGUCGGCCGUUACUUGGGAAUCUUGGAAGCCAGACAAGACCACGGUGGCUCCGUCGCUGAGUGACGUCAUUUGGCCAGCAGCAGGAGCUUUUGCAGCGAUGGCGAUAAUGGGGAGAAUAGAUCAAACGUUAAGCCCUAAAGGGAUCUCAAUGUCGGUUGCACCACUCGGUGCCGUCUCUGCCAUUCUCUUCACCACUCCUUCUGCACCUGCUGCUCGGAAAUACAAUAUAUUCAUGGCUCAAAUAGGUUGUUCAGCCAUUGGAGUGUUGGCGUUAUCCAUCUUUGGGCCCGGUUGGCUCGCCCGCAGCACCGCCCUCGCCGCUUCCAUUGCCUUUAUGGUCAUUGCUCGUGCCAAUCAUCCGCCUGCGGCGAGUUUACCACUACUGUUUAUAGACGGAGCAAAGUUACAAAAGUUGAACUUUUGGUAUGCAUUAUUCCCAGGUGCAGCCGCUUGUAUCCUUCUCUGCUUCCUCCAAGAAAUUGUGGGUUACUUGAAAGAAAACUUGAAAUUUUGAAGAAAUGGAAAAGGGACACUCGUAUAUAUUGAUAUAUGUAUACUCACAUAUUGGUGGAGGAGAGAUCCUGUGCAGAUUUUUGAUCCAUGAUAGACGUUUAUGGUAGAUGGUCGACGUUUCCGUACCCCAUAUAUAUAUAAAGGAAGAUAUAUAUAUAUAUACACAAAUAUGUAUACGUUUCUACAAAUUAAACUUGUAAUUUACUUUUCUUUCCCUCUUUGGUCUUUAAGCUAAGCUCAAUUAUUUUAGUGAAUUAAUAAUGCGCAUAUAUGUAUCAUCAUCGUCAUACAUAUAUACUACAUAAUGUUGAAAUGUUGUUAUAUAAGUAUAUGCUUCAAUUGAAAAUCUUGUUUAUGUGACGGAGAAUAAGCUCCUGAUGUUCAAAUUAAGUAGAAACUCAUAGUGGGAGUAUUUAAAGGUUUUUGGAUUUCAAUAUCUAGCGCACUAGUCGGUUAUCAACAAAAAUAAAAUAAAAACUGGAAUUUUU